AUGCUUUGUGCAAUGCUUUCCACAACACUUUGCACCAUCUUUCUCACUCUCCUCUCUUCCCUCUUCACCAUCACCUUCACCAUCACCUUCCAUUCUAACCAUAACCCCCUUCUCUUCCUUGUGGUCCUCUACACCAUGGUGUGCUUCAGCAUGAAACAGGGCCAGCUCAAUAGCAGCAUUCAAACUCUGGAAGUAUCAUUGCCUGCUGAACUUGAUCAGUAUGCAGAAGAGUUGCAAGACCUGCACUUUGAUGUGGAUGAUUAUGAUAGCAGCCCUGACACUGAUGAUGGCCCAACACCUCUUUCAGCAGGCCUCAUUCACAUGUACAUCCUCAUUGCCCAGCAGCAAUACUCAGUCUCACAGAUUCACACCCAAGGCCACUCCAAAAAGCUGAUAGAGCUCCUGGACUGA